GCCUCCCGCCCUUCUCACCAACUCUUUGCCUGUCGCCUCAGAACUGCGGCCUCACCCAGGCUCAAAAUGGACCCCAACUGCUCCUGCGCUACUGGUGGCUCCUGCAGCUGUGCUGGCUCCUGCAAAUGCAAAGAUUGCAAAUGCACGUCCUGCAAGAAGAGCUGCUGCUCCUGCUGCCCUGCAGGCUGUGCCAAGUGUGCCCAGGGUUGCAUCUGCAAAGGGGCAUUGGAGAAGUGCAGCUGCUGUGCCUGAUUUCAAAAUAGCCCUGCUCCCAGAUGUAAAUAGAUGCGUGUACAAACCUGGAUUUUUUUUUUAUA